GCUUCGGAAGGUUUGGCGGGUACGAGAUGGCGGAGGGGACCCUAUGAGGCGUGCUGUGGGCUUCAGUUGUCUCAGGUGCAGUAAUUUUCCACCGGUGAAUUAACGUCUUGCCCUUGCCCGUGAUCGGUUCCAGGUGACAUUCCACUCUGCCAACUGUGUUUGGGACGCUUUCUCGUCAUGGAGUUUCCUGAUUUGGGGAAGCAUUGCUCAGAGAAGACUUGCAAGCAGCUGGAUUUUCUUCCAUUAAAAUGUGACGCGUGUACACAGGAUUUCUGUAAAGAUCACUUCACUUAUGCUGCACAUAAAUGUCCCUUAGCGUUCAAGAAGGAUGUUCACGUGCCCGUGUGCCCCCUGUGUGACACCCCGAUCCCAGUAAAGAAGGGAGAGGUGGCAGAUGUGGUGGUUAGUGAGCACAUGGAUGGAGACUGUAAAUCCCAUCCCGGAAAGAAGACAGACAAGAUUUUCACGUUCCGGUGCUCGAAGGAGGGCUGCCGCAGGAAGGAGAUGCUGCGGCUGACCUGUGAGCAGUGUCGCAGCAGCUUCUGCAUCCGGCAUCGCCACCCCCAGGACCACAGCUGCCAGCGCGGGAGCCGCCCCAUCGGCCCAGCCGGGUGAGGCGCCAGCUCACGCCGCGGGGCGGUCAGACUGGGAGCGUCCUUCCAGCCACGUCGUUGGUGCUGAACAUUUGCUGUGGGAGUUCAGAUGAGUGUAAUCCCAAUUAAAAUCAGAUGCCACACUCAGGCUGGAUUCUAGUCACUGCGGAGGGGGAGCUCCCUGUCGGGUCCUCUGGGGCCAGGGUCCUCACUCCCGUGCCAGAGGGCUUAGCCUCUCCCAAGGCCCCGAGGAGGGUCUGGCCUGGGCCUCCCCCUGCGCUGCUGGUGGCUCUGUCUCUUGGCUUGGGGACUCAUCACCCUGGUCUCUUAUCUUCCCACAGCGUCUCCCUGUAUGUCAGUGUCCAAAUGCCCACUUUUUAAAAAGAUUUUUAUUUUUUUGAGGGGAGGUAAUUAGAUUUACAUAUUUGUUUUUAGAGGAUUUACUGAGGAUUGAACCCAAGACCUUGUGUAUGUGAAGCACGCACUUUACCACUUGAACUAUCCCCUCCCCGCAAACGUCCACUUUUUAUAAGGACACUGGUCAUGGGAUUGGGGUCCCAUGCGCCCCACUGUGAGCUCUCUCCCUGUGUCUCCGACCAGUCUGCUUCCAAAUAUGGUCCCAUUCUGCUGUCCUGGGGUGUCAGACCCCACCGUCUUCGACGGGACCGUUCACCCCCUUCCCUGGUGUUCUUACCAGGGGCACUUUCCUCGGGCCAGGGGGACACCUGCCUGAACCCACUGUGGGACAGCAGUGGAGCCCCGCGGCUGUCUGCCCCAUCAGGCCGCCUCCCACGUGGUCUGUGCCUGACCAGGUAGAGGCUGCCGGGGCCGCAUGUGCGGCCCUUUAAGAGCAGCAGGGCCGGGGAGCGCGGACUUAACCUCUCUGUGUGGUGGUGGGCUGCCAGCCGGCUGGCACAGUGGCUCAGGGACAUCCGAGCGGCGAGCACCAUGCCGACCUGCUGUCGGGGAUGCGGGCCUUUGUCCCACUAGGGGUUGAAAGCAGCCACCGUGCCGUCAGUGACAGGCCCCUCGAGCCGCCUGCACCGUCAGUUGCAGCUCGACUGGAAAAGGGUGGAGCAGGACCCGAGUUCGAUGUUUCUCGGGCCUCAGGCGCACGUCUGCCCCUCCAGCCUGGGCCAAGCGCUGGCACCCCCUCCAGCCAGUUCCUGAAACCCCGACUUCAUGCCUGUCUGUUGCCAGCCAAGCCCUUUAGUUCGCCAGGACGAAUGUAAAAAUGCGCUCUUGUCUCGUCCCCUUUCAGGUGGGAAGUGAGGCAGUGACGUGACCAGGUCUGCCCACUGCUGCCCUUCUGCCCAUUAAUUGUCAUUCUGGGUAAUUCUUAUACUGCAUUACUGACCCCCUUGUCACGGCAAGCAGCCCUGCCCAGGCCAGUCGGACAGGGGCCCAGGCUUCUGGAAGCUUCUGUCACUUAAACCACCAGAGCUGAUUUCACUGUCUUCAUGACGUGGCUUCCGUGGUGAUCGGCCACCUGGGCCCAGGCAAGGGCUGGGGACUCACGCCCACCCUGUCAGGGGUCCUUGUCCAGAGGUGGCCCCGCCCACCUCCCCCCUUCCCGGGGAGGAACAGCCCAGGGCCACCUGAUGGCGGGCAUUGGGCUGACAGCUGGGUCCCUGGUUGGUACCCGUCCCUGAGAGCCUCAUUUCCUGGGACCCUGGGUGUCGGGGGACAGGACAGGACAAACUGCCAUCCUGUGGGUCUUGAUCGUGACCCGUGGGUCAUCCAGCUGGACGUCCCCGACGUCUCCACAUUAACAAGAAUCUGAGCAGUUACUCUCUUUUCUGGUUUUGUAGCCUCAAAAUACAGUGCGGGGUUGGGGGCUCUACAGGAAUAUGAUGAAGCCGUCUCCAUGCCCUGUCUUGCGGUACUGGCGUGACCCGUGGUCCUCACGCUGGCGCCCACCCCAGCAUCCCUGCGGGGGCCUGUGACAACAGUGUUGUGCCCACCCCGAGUCCCUGGCUCUGUGGCUGGCCGGACCCCCAGUGCUCACACUUUUGGGCCUGGGGACGCUGCCACCGGCCUGGGGGCCACGCGGUGCCGAGCGUCUCUCCACUGUCUGCUGUUCCCAGUGACAGCCAUGAGCCUCUCCAGCUCAGGACGCGUGAGACUCGCCAGCGCAGCUGCGGGGCUGGGACUCGGUUCUGUUACUGGGAAACAGACUGAAGUUUGUCGGGAACUUGAGUGCAAGUCUGUUUCAACUGUGAAUUUUAUGGAAUCUAAAAACAGACCCCAUCUUUCUCGUGAAAGGUUAAUGUUCAAAUGGAGAAUCUAAAACACACCGGGUUUGGGAGACAAUACCAGAGGAAAAAAGGAAAAUCUCUCAUUGUUAAAAAUAUUUACAGGUUGAGAUGGUGUUUUCGAUAUGAUGGAUUAAAGGAAACAUUAAAGUGAA